AUGCCUUCCCUUCUUCAACACUUGAUUAUCUUCCUCGUACUGAUUAAGAUACCUUCAUGUUUAAGCUCCAACGAUGAUUAUAUGAAUUGCGCUAAUUUCAUAACUUGUGGGAGCAUAAACAUCAGUUUUCCAUUCUGGGGCGAAAACCGGCCAAAGGAGUGUGGCCACCCUCUGAUGGAACUCAGCUGCAAAAAUGCAAUCAGCUACAUAACCAUUAAGGGUGUCACGUACCGGGUUUUGGACGCCAACCCAGAUAGCCAUACUCUGACAAUCACUAGAGUGGAUUUCUUGCUAGACUUAUGCCAGCCAAAUUAUGUCAGCACCAACCUUGACUAUGAGCUCUACGUUCAUGAGUCACUCUAUAAGAAUCUUACCCUUUUCUAUGGUUGUACUUUUCCAAGUUCUUUCCAUGCCACCAAUAUUAGUUGUAAUAAUGAACGGGGGGAAAAUGUUUAUUCUCAGUUUGGUUCACUCCCGCCUCGUCCUCCUAUGUCUUGCCAUGCAAGUGUGGUUGUUCCAGUUCCUCCAUCUUUGACGGAGAAUAAUAUCGAUUUCAUCAAAGUACACGCGGCAAUCAGAGAUGGGUUUGUGGUGAGAUGGAUAGUAGGUAUUGAAGAUUGUGGGAACUGUGAAAGAUUAGGUGGAGUAUGCGGUAUUGAUUGGUCUUCACUGCAAACAACCUGUUACUGCAAAAAUGGAACUUGUUCUAAUUUCUCACCAGAUGUCAAAGCAUCUCCAGGUACGUCUAAGCUGGUUGAAAAUUAA